CUCGCUCCCUGACUUCCGGGUCGCGGUGCUUGCAGGGAGGGCUCUGCGAGUAGCGUCGUUUCCGUUGCCGGCUCUUUGCAGUUGGGGAAACCGAGGCAGCUCCUGCUCCCCCUAGUUCUUCCGCUCCUGUGAGGAAAAAUGUUUAUUUCUUUGUGGGAGUUCUUCUAUGGGCACUUUUUUCGAUUUUGGAUGAAAUGGCUCUUACGACACAUGACUGGAAAGUGUGAAUUGCAGCGAAUUUUUGAUACCUAUGUAGGUGCACAGAGGACACACAGGAUAGAAAAUUCCUUGACAUACUCCAAGAAUAAGGUUUUACAGCAGGCAACACAUGUUGUUGAGAGUGAGGUGGACAAAUGUGUAGAAGAUAUAAUGAAGGAAAAGAACAUUAACCCUGAGAAGGAUUCCAGUUUUAGAAUCUGCAUGAGGACAUGCUUACUGCAGAUAACUGGUUAUAAACAGCUCUAUUUGGAUGUAGAAAGUGUAAGGAAAAGGCCAUAUGAUUCUGAUAACCUGCAACAUGAAGAGCUUCUCCUGAAGCUUUGGAAUCUUCUGAUGCCAACGAAAAAGUUGAAGGCUAGAAUCUCCAAGCAGUGGGCUGACAUUGGUUUCCAGGGUGAUGACCCCAAAACAGACUUCAGAGGCAUGGGCAUACUAGGAUUAAUCAAUCUUGUGUAUUUCAGUGAAAAUUACACCAGUGAAGCUCAUCAGAUUCUUUCCCGUUCAAAUCAUCCAAAACUAGGGUAUUCUUAUGCAAUAGUUGGAAUCAAUCUUACAGAGAUGGCUUACAGCUUACUGAAGAGUGAAGCUUUGAAGUUUCAUCUCUACAACUUUGUUCCUGGUAUACCAACAAUGGAACACUUUCAUCAGUUUUAUUGUGAGUAUUAA